UUUUUUUUUCCUUUUCUUUAUCUUUUUUAUUGACACUUUAGAAUGCCAACGUCAGAAGCCAUAGCCAGUUUCUUUGGCUAUCUAAGUAUUUUUUGCUGGAUUGUUGUAUUUACCCCACAAUUUAAAGAAAACUAUACAAGAAAGAACACAGAUGGUGUAUCUAUUACGUUUCUUUCGUUAUGGAUCUUGGGCGAUAUCUUGAAUUUACUCGGUAUUAUCUUAGAAAAUUUGCUGUUUACGAUGCUGCUAUUAGCAUUAUACUAUUUAUUAGCAGAUUGUUUGUUGAUGACACAAGUAUUUUAUUAUAGAACUAUGUAUCCUAAACAGCCUGUUGAAGAAGUAGUAGCCACUGGUUCUGAUCAUGAACGAACACCAUUGCUACACAAGACCCCCAACAAACAGACGAGAUAUAUUGUGCGAAUCUUUUUUGUUUCAAGUCUCUUACUUUGGAUUAGUCUUUUAGCCGGAUCAGGUUUGUUUUUCUUUUGGCCUCGAGAGGGACACCACAUUGAUCUGAGUCAAUGGCAUCUUGUACCACAAUUGCUGGGUUGGGGCAGUGCUAUUCUGUAUUGUUCCAGCCGUAUACCACAAAUCAUGCAAAACUUUAAAAAUGAAAGUGUAGAAGGACUUUCUUUAAGCAUGUUUAUCUUUAGUGUAGUUGGUAAUUUAACCUAUUGUGUGAGUAUUGUGUUAGACUCAACAGAUCCUACUUAUUUGUUGAUCAAUUAUCCAUGGUUACUUGGUAGUGGUGGUACCUUAUUUUUUGAUUUUACAGUAAGUAAAAUGUAAGGAGAACAUUUCAAAUCCUCAUUCAAUUAGAUCUUUUUCCAAUUUUACAUGUAUCAUCAACGCACAGACAUAGGUUUUAAAUAAAAAAAAAAAAACAGAAGAGCAAAAAAGGAGAAAGGAAAGGAGUAAAGUUAGUUCUCCUUAAAUUCAAUGAUGAUGUUUCAAGUUGCAUAUGAUACACUUUGGGCGUUUUCAUUACAAAAACUUAUUGAUCUGCAAUAAACAAAUGCAAUAUCAUUUGACUUGAUCGGCACACAAACACACACACACAUGUAUAUAUAACCACUAUUUUUUUUAUUUUUUUAUUUCUCUUUCUCUUUCUAACAAGAUGAACCAUAAAGUGACUUUACCUUCUAUUAAGCAUGUAUUUGACAGCAUUUUCCCUGUUGAAU